AGUAGCUCUCCCCGAGCCCUUUGUCGCGCUCGCGCAGAACUUUUCUGGCGCGGUACGGCGCAUUCGGGAGUACGUCACUUCCGGCAGGGCGGAGGAGGCGGGAGUGUAAGAGACUGGAAGACGAGCCUGCAGGAUGUUGCCUUGAUGAGAGGAAGACUAGUGCACAAUGGCAGUUUUUGACACCCCUGAGGAGGCCUUUGGUGUCUUACGUCCAGUCUGUGUUCAGCUCACAAAGGCCCAGACAGUGGAGAACGUGGAGCAUUUGCAGACGCAGUUACAAUCUGUGAGUGACUCCGCCCUGCAGGAACUUCAGCAAUAUAUCCUCUUCCCUUUGCGAUUUACCCUAAAGACGCCAGGCCCCAAAAGAGAGCGCCUGAUCCAGAGUGUGGUGGAGUGCCUCACCUUUGUCCUCUCCUCAACAUGUGUGAAGGAACAAGAACUUCUCCAGGAGCUCUUUUCAGAACUCUCUGCUUGCCUGUAUUCACCCAAAUCCCAAAAGCCCGCGGCUGUGUCAGAGGAGUUGAAAUUGGCUGUGAUCCGGGGCCUCAGCACAUUAAUGCACUCAGCUUAUGGAGAUAUCAUCGUGACAUUUUACGAACCCUCCAUUCUGCCUCGUUUAGGAUUUGCUGUAUCUUUACUACUAGGCCUAGCAGAACAGGAGAAAUCAAAGCAAAUCAAAACUGCUGCCUUAAAGUGUUUACAGGUUCUGCUCUUACAGUGUGAUUGUCAAGACCAUCCAAGGUCCUUGGAUGAGCUUGAGCAAAAGCAGCUGGGGGAUUUGUUUGCUUCUUUUUUACCAGGAAUCUCAACUGCACUGACCAGGAUUAUCACAGGAGACUUUAAACAGGGGCACAGCAUUGUAGUGUCUUCCCUAAACGUCUUUUACAAGACAGUGAGCUUCAUUAUGGCCGACGAGCAGCUCAAAAGAAUCUCAAAGGUUCAGGCAGAGUCUACUGUUGAGCACAGAGUAGCCAAGCUAAUGGUGCACAGGGAAGCAGAUUGGGUGAAAAGUACAGGGGGCAAACUAACUAUUCUUAUUAAAAAGAUAAUCGAAUGCGUUUCUGUUCACCCACACUGGAAGGUGAGGCUGGAACUGAUAGAACUUGUUGAGACCCUCCUUUUGAAGUGCAGCCAGUCCCUUGUUGAAUCUGCUGGUCCCCUUCUGAAGGCUUUGGUAGGCCUAGUAAAUGAUGAGAGUCCUGAAGUCCAAGCCCAGUGCAAUCAAGUGCUGAGACAUUUUGCAGGUCAGAAGGUGGUGGUGGGCAACAGAGCCUUUGCUGACAUUUUGUCAGAAAACCUACAUUCCCUGGCCACGUCUCUUCCCCGGCUAAUGAACUCCCAAGAUGACCAGGGCAAAGUCUCUUCUCUCUCCUUGCUUUUGGGAUAUCUGAAACUCCUGGGCCCAAAGGUAAAUUUUGUCCUCAACUCUGUAGUUCACCUGCAGCGCCUCUCCAAAGCUCUUGUCCAGGUCCUAGAACUAGACGUGACUGACAUCAAGAUUGUUGAAGAGCGUCGUUGGAACACUGAUCACCUUAGUGCUUCUCCGAAAACCUCAGCCAUGCGACCAUGGAGUCAAGUCCAGAGGAGGUAUUUCCGCUUCUUCACUGAUGAGAGAGUUUUCCUGCUCUUACAGCAGGUCUGUCAACUCCUUGGCUUUUAUGGAAACCUUUAUUUGCUUGUGGAUCACUUUAUGGGACUAUACCACGAAUCUGUGUUUUACAGGAAGCAAGCAGCCAUGAUCCUUAAUGAACUGGUUAUAGGGGCUGCUGGGCUGGACGUGGAGGAUCUUCAUGAAAAACAUAUUAAAACAAGCCCAGAGGAACUGAGGGAGAUCGUGACAUCUAUACUGGAAGAAUACACAAGUCAAGAAAAUUGGUAUUUGGUUACCUGUAUCAAAACUGAAGAAAUGAGAGAGGAGCUAACAUUGAAACAGCCAGGCUUCCAGGCCAUCACAUCUGGUGCCCACAACACCUGUCAAGCUACAUCUCUCCCAGCUUUCUCAAAGCCAAGCCCCACCAUUUGCUCCAUGAACAGCAAUAUUUGGCAAAUAUGCAUCCAAUUGGAAGGGGUUGGCCACUUUGCCUACUCACUAGGAGAAGACUUCCGGUUGCUCUUGAUGUCAGUCCUCUAUCCAGUCCUGGAGAAGGCUGGCGAUCGAACCCUGCUCAUCAGUCAAGCAGCUACCAACUCCAUGAUGGACAUUUGCCACGCUUGUGGCUACGACUCCCUGCAGCACCUGAUCAAUCAGAAUUCAGACUAUUUGGUGAAUGGGAUCUCUUUAAAUCUGCGUCAUCUGUCUCUGCACCCCCACACUCCAAAGGUCUUGGAAGUUAUGCUGCGGAACUCAGAUGCCAGUCUGCUUCCUUUGGUGGCAGAUGUGGUUCAAGAUGUAUUGGCCACUCUGGACCAAUUUUAUGAUAAGAGAGCAUCUUCCUUCAUCAGUGUUCUGCACGCCCUGCUGGUAGCACUAGCACAGUGGUUCCCAGACACAAAUCAUGUUGGACAACCCCAAGAGCAUACGGCAGAGAAGGAGGAAAGUCAUUUGAACCAAAGAAUUCUGGAGAAUAAUGCCACUACAGCUGAAGACAUUGAAUACUUUUUGCUGAGCUACCUCAAGGAAAAGGAUGUUGCAGAUGGAAAUGUCUCAGAUUUUUAUAAUGAAGAGGAGCAGUCAAAACCUCCUGAAGUGGAUGAGAAGGACACGGGUCCAGAUGUGGAACCACCACUGCCAGUGCAGAUCCAGAUAGCCACAGAUGUGAUGGAACGGUGCAUCCACUUGCUGUCAGACAAAAGCCUGAAAAUCCGCUUGAAGGUUUUGGAUGUGCUAGAUCUGUGUGUGUUUGUGCUGCAGUCCCACAAGAACCAGCUCCUUCCCUUGGCUCAUCGGGCCUGGCCCUCGAUCGUGCAACGGCUCACCAAUGAUGACCCACUGGCAGUGCUCAGAGCUUUCCAGGUCUUGCGUACACUGGGAGGCAAGUGUGGUGAUUUUCUAAGGAGUCGGUUCUGCAAAGAUGUCUUGCCAAAGCUGACUGGCUCCCUAGUAACCCAGGCUCCGGUCUCAGCCAGAACUGGACAGGUUUACUCCCACACGCUGGCCUUCAAGUUGCAACUGGCUGUCCUGCAGGGCUUGGGCCCUCUCUGUGAGAAACUAGACUUAGGUGAGGGUGACCUGAAUAAAGUGGCUGAUGCCUGCUUGAUUUACCUUAGCGCCAAACAGCCCAUGAAAUUACAAGAGGCUGCCAGGAGUGUUUUCCUCCACCUGAUGAAGGUCGACCCAGACUCCACGUGGUUCCUCCUGAACGAGCUUUACUGCCCAGAGCAGCUCACACCUCCCCACCCCAGCCUCCACCAAGUGCAGCUGCGGGGGGCGAUGGGACAGCAGAACCCAUACAAGGCCAACGUUCUUUGUCUGCUCCAGGAGCUGCCGUGACCCUACCACACCUGGGAGUGGAUGUGGGGUCCCCUACCCUGGCCAGAGGUGGCUGGCAGCAGCUGCAGCGAAGACGGUGAAGGUGGAUCAGCGAAGACGGUGAAGGUGGAUCAGACAGCUUAUAAAAUUUAUAAAAUGAUCGAUCACACAACUGCUUAGAAAUUGGAUUGAAGGACAGCAGCUGACUAUUAUUUAUACCUCAUACCUGGUGUUUUCAAAUGAUAUUAUCUGGUAGCUCUAAGGGCUUAACUCUCUGGAUUGUCAUCUUCACUGCCCCAGCUGCCUCAGAGGCCACACCUGCAAGCACACCUGGGAAAGCAAAGAUAUAUGGACCAGAGGCCUGUAUUGCAUACUCUGUGACACCCCCCCCCACAUGUCAGAGACUCCUAUGGUUGUGUCACACCAUAGGAGUCUUUAGAACACAGCCCUGUGUCACUGAGACACCCCUCCUCCCAAUGAGAUGGAGCUAAUUCCUUGCAUAUAACCUGUUCUUUGGAAGAAAAUGAAAUAAAAGUACUGAUUGGGUGAAAAGUACAACCAGGAACUCAUUUUGAAGUUUGCUUUUUAUGUUGCAGGGUUUUUUGUUUGUUUGUUUGUUUGUUUCUUCCCCCCAGAUGUGUUUGGGUUCUGGAAUGAGUAAUACAGAACCACAGUCUAAAAUCCAAGCAGUGCAUAACAGAAACUGAACAAUCAGUCUCCCAAUUCCAGUUGCCCAGACAUCUGGUUGUCCUCCCCAAAGGCAAACAUUCAUGACAACGUUUGAAUACCUUUUAAGUAGGAGAUUAAUUUUUCAAACUUUCAUAAUGGGAAACAAUAAAGCAAAGCCCCAAGGACCUGCUGCGCCGGACUCCAGCACAUGGCUAAACUCACCUUGCUCACUGCCCUUGUUAUUUCCCUCCACUCCCACAACCAGCCUCUAGAGCUCUGAACAACCUGAGCGCUGUAGCCCACUAGGUAGGGGAAUCCAGCUCUGACACCACAUGGGAGCUGCUUUGGCAACUGUGAUGUCUUCCGUCUACCUGUCUCUGCCUGGGUUUAAAAAAAAAAAAAAUGACCUGAGGGGCCUGGGCGGUAGCGCACCAGGUUAAGCGCACAUAAUGCAAAGCAAGGAUCUGGUCUGAGCCCCCUGCUCCCCACUUACAGGGGGUAGCUUCACAAGUGGUGAAGCAAGUCUGCAGGUGUCUUUCUCUCCCCCUCUGUCUUCCUCUCCUCUCUCAGUUUCUCUCUGUCCUAUACAACAGCAAUCACAGCAACAACAAUAGAAAAAGGAUGGCCACCAGGAGCACUGGGUUCAUAGUGUAGCCACUGAGUCCCAGCGAUAACCCUGGAGGCAAAAAAAAAAAAAAAAAAAAAAGACCCAAAGCAGUGAAAUUGUGCCCCAGUUCCACACGCAUACAAAUACAACCACAAUAGCAUCUUCACACCAAAAAGAAAUAACAGUGGUUUUUAAAUACUGCUUUUAGUCAUUGUUUAAAUCCCCCUGAUGUUUGAAUUAGGACCCAAAUAAGGUAUGCAUAUUGCUGUUCUCAAAUCAUCCUUUAGUAAGCUUCUUUAAUAUAUAAGUGGCCCUCCUACCCCUCUUGUUUUCUUUGUAAAUUUUUUUUGUUGAGGAAUCAAGGUCAUUUAACUUCUGGUGGUUCUCAGAGUGGAUAUGCUGAUUACAUCCCUGUGGGGGCCAUUUCAUGACCUUUACUGUCAUCUGUAUUUCCUCUAAGUUGGGAGACAGAAUAAAGAGAUCUGAACAGGC